AUGCUAGUAAUGGAUGAUUUGCCAUUUAGUCACGUGGAGGACCUGGGUUUCAUGAGACUGAUGACUGAAAUAUGUCCACAGUACAAACUGAAGCAACGUAAUUUUUAUACAUCAAAAAUUUGUGAUGAAAUGUAUGAUUCAGCAUUUGCUAAAAUAAAGUCAAUUGUCAACAAAAACCAACUGAACUGCAACUUUGCGUUUACAACAGAUGUUUGGUCAGAUACCUCUGCAGGUGUCUCGUUACUUAGUCUUACUGCUCAUGUUGUAACCGAAAAAUUUGAGAGAGUAAACUUUGUGUUGAGUGCUGAACCCUUACAUGAGACACACACUGGAGAAUACAUAUCAAUGAAAUUUGAUGAAAUGUUGGAAAAGUGGGAUAUUCCAAGUAGUACUGUUCAUUGUGUUUUGCGUGAUUCUGGUGCAAACAUGAAAAAGGCUCUCUUCCUCUCAGGUCUGAACAAUAUAGACUGCACUGUGCAUAAAAUCCACCUAGUGGUGAAACAAGGAUUAUCUUCAAAAGAAGAAAUUGGUAAUCUAAUUCGGAAGUGUCGUUCAAUCGCUACUCAUUUUCACCAUUCAACAAUGGCUCAAGAUGAACUUAAGAAAAUCCAAGGUCGACUUCAGGAGCCUAUGCUAACUAUUAUUCAUGAUUCUCCUACUAGGUGGAACAGUACUCUAUAUAUGUUGGAGCGUACUCAAAAAUUAAAGGAACCAUUAUGUUUAUAUGCUGCAUCCAAUUCAAAACUAGUAAAGCUCAGUAACAUGGAAUGGAUCUUGCUUUCAGAAUGCAUAAAAGCAUUAAAACCCUAUGACGAAAUCACUAAAGAACUAAGUAGAUCCUCUUCCUCUGUCAGUGAUGUGAUACCUAUCAUAGUUUCACUGAAAAAAAUCCUUCAGACAAACAUGGAUUACUCACCUGUAGCACAUGCUCAAAGCUCAAGUGCAUGUUUAGAGCCAGAAGAAUCAGAAGGGCACAAUAGUGACAGUUUAUGUAAAGAUGAAGAAGAAACAACUAAUGUUAUAAACAUUAUGAAAAUAACAAUGAGGGCUGAACUUGACAGAAGAUUUGCUGGUAUAGAAAGUACAGAUAUAUUAUAG